UACCUACGUGUGUGACAUGAAAAUUUAAAAAGUUAGCGUGGAUAAAACAUUUGGUUUUUAAUUUAUUCCAAUGUUACAUUAUACAUAUACACUUAUAAAUGUUUGCCACCAGUAGGUUAAUAAUUUUAGAGAAAAUAGUUGGGAAUCGUGGUAAUAUUAAUUUAAAACGUUGCUUGCAUCAGCGUUAUCAGUACGCGUUUAAAAAUCAGCGUUAUCUGCAAUCUCCAUUGCUAACACCGCCACAGAAAAGCCGUUUUACUUACCGAUACUUGACAAUAAUAAAUCGUGAUAUCGCACUUGUUCGUACUAUAGGUGUGUUAGUGGGCCGUUAUACUCCACCCCAUAUACCGUACGACACCGAAACACGUAAAUUUCAUACCGGUUCAACAGUAAAAGAAACAGUUGAGAUGCCGGAGGUAAAGCCGUUUGAACGUCUUCCUACAACGGUUGUUCCCAAACAUUACAGUUUAACUUUAACUCCGAAUUUAAAAACAUUUAAAUUCGAUGGGGAUGUAACAAUACAAAUUGAAGUGAAAGAACCAACAAAAACCAUUGUAUUGAAUGCAUUGGAUUUGAAUUUUGAUUCAGUAUUUUUGGAUAAUUCAAAUGGCUUUAAAUCAGCACCUCUUCAAAUCAAUAAGUCGGCAGAGGAAGAAACUGCAACCGUUGUCUUUUCAGAUCUUGUUCCUGCAGGCAGUUACAACUUAUCGGCCAAAUUUACUGGCGAAAUUAAUGAUAAAAUGAAAGGGUUAUAUAGAAGUCAAUAUCAAAAUGAAAAAGGCGAAAAAACUUACGCGGCCGUAACACAGUUCGAGCCAACGGAUGCACGUCGUUGUUUCCCUUGUUGGGAUGAACCUGCUCUCAAAGCCACUUUUGACAUCAGUCUCCUCGUACCUGCGAAACUAGUCGCCCUCUCAAACAUGCCAGUUAAAAAAACCACUCAGAUUAGCAAUCUGGUUCGUUACGAUUUCGAAACAACCCCUGUAAUGUCUACGUACUUAGUAGCUGUGGUCGUGGGCGAGUACGAUCACGUGGAGGAUACGUCCUCCGAUGGAGUCAAAGUGCGAGUGUACACUCCUCAGGGUAAAAAAGAACAGGGUCUCUUUGCCUUGGAGGUGGCCACCAAAGUGUUACCAUACUACAAAGAGUACUUCAACAUCGCGUACCCGUUACCAAAGAUCGACUUAAUUGCUAUAGCUGACUUUAGCCCGGGAGCUAUGGAAAACUGGGGCCUAGUUACUUAUCGAGAGACAUGUCUUCUUGUCGAUCCAAAAAAUACGUCAGCAGUUCGGAAACAAUGGAUUGCACUAGUCGUUGGGCAUGAACUUGCUCAUCAGUGGUUCGGAAAUUUGGUUACCAUGGAGUGGUGGACGCAUCUUUGGCUCAACGAAGGUUAUGCGUCUUUUGUGGAGUUUUUGUGCGUUCACCAUCUGUUCCCUGAAUACGAUAUUUGGACGCAGUUCGUCAACGAUAUUUACAGUCGUGCGUUAGAAUUGGAUUGUUUGAAGAAUUCGCAUCCAAUAGAAGUACCUGUCGGUCAUCCUUCCGAAAUUGACGAAAUAUUCGACGAUAUUAGUUAUAAUAAAGGAGCGUCGGUGAUACGUAUGUUGCACCAUUACAUUGGCGAUGAAGAUUUCCGGAGGGGAAUGAAUCUGUACUUAACAAAACACCAAUAUAAAAAUACUUUAACCGAAGAUUUGUGGGCGGCCCUUGAAGAAGCCAGUAAAAAACCAGUGGGAGCAGUGAUGUCGACAUGGACUAAGCAGAUGGGAUUCCCAACCGUGAAAGUUACCAGUAAAUUAGCAAACGACGGUCAAAGUACCAUCUUGAGUCUCUCCCAAAGCAAAUUCUGUGCGGAUGGUGUCCCACCCAAGGAGAAAUACCUCUGGAUGAUACCAAUCUCUGUGUCGACAUCUCGUGAUCCAGAAAAGGCGACCGCAACAACAGUACUUAAGACCGAGCAAGGGGAAAUGGUCAUCCCAAAUGCUGGUUCUGAGGAUUGGAUCAAAGUGAAUCCGGGUACCGUCGGAUUUUAUCGUACCCAAUAUCCACCAGAAAUGUUAGCGAAAUUGGUGCCGGCCAUCAAAAGCAGGGUGUUGCCCCCUUUAGACAGAUUGGGGCUCUUGGACGAUCUUUCCGCUAUGGUUCAAGCUGGACAUACGAACACGGUGGAGGUGCUGAAGUUAAUGGAAGCAUUCGAGGAUGAAACGGAUUACACGGUCUGGUCAUCUAUUGGUAACUGUCUUGCAAAGUUAUCUAUGUUGCUCUCCUAUACCGACUAUUUAGAUGAUUUCAAAAAGUACGAAAAAAAACUUCUUCGUAAAGUGUUGGCACGAUUGGGCUGGGAUGCUUCUGAGAAUGAGAAACAUCUGGAUACUCUUCUGAGAGGCUUGGUUCUGGGUAGAAUGGCAUGGUUAGAUGAUGAAAAUACGAUCAAGGAAGCUAAGUCGCGAUUUGCCAAGCACAUCGCAAACGAUUCUUGUAUACCUGCAGAUCUGAGGAGCGCCUGUUACAAAACUGUACUUCGAAAUGGCAAUGAAGAAACGUAUGAGCAAAUGUUGAAGCUGUUUCGAAGUUCUGAUCUUCACGAGGAAAAGGACAGAAUUAGUAGGGCGUUGGGGGCAACCAAAGACGAAAAAUUGUUAGCUAAGGUCCUGGAAUUCGCCAUGUCUGAAGAAGUUCGUUCUCAAGACACCGUGUUCGUUAUAAUGUCCGUUUCUAUGACCGUAAAAGGUCGUGAUUUGGCCUGGCAGUUCUUUAAAGACAACUGGAAGGUCCUAGUCGAUCGUUACCAGGGCGGUUUCUUGCUUGCCCGUCUCGUUAAGUUCACCACCGAGAAUUUUGUGACCGAAGAGAAAGCACAAGAAGUCGACAACUUCUUCAAGGAGCACAAGUGUCCAGGUACUGAAAGAUCCGUCCAACAGGCAGUGGAAACAAUCCGUUUGAACAGUGCCUGGUUGGCCCGUGACACCGAUGCCAUCAGACAGUAUUUGGCGGCCCAAUAAGACGGACGUGAUUUAGAAAAUGGAUGAUUAUUAAUUACUGUUAUAAUUAUUUCGUUUUCUUAACGGCCAUCUACUGCUUAAAAUUGUAUUUCAAUUGUUCGUAACUUACCUCACCUGAUUUAUGCCAGUGUUUGUACCUUAAUAUUAUGGUGUUGUAAUAUUGUAAUUUUUUGAAAUUUAAAACGCAUUUUGUUGGGUUUAAUAAACACUUUCAGUUA